AUGUCUAAGUUUAGACCCAGAUUUCUAGCUAAGGCAUUGAACGAAUUUAUUGCAUCGAGCAAUGAUUUCAAGAUCUUGUAUUCACCUUCUACAGCUCCACAGGUUCAACAUGUGGAUAGAAUCUGCAUACUUGAUUCCUCAUUCAACCCACCCCACCUUGGCCACUUGUCUUUGGCCCUUGAGUCGUUGAAACAGUCAUACUCUACAGAAAAUGAACAGAAAAUAUUGUAUUUGAUACUAUCGGUCAAAAAUGCUGACAAGCUAGUGCCUCAACCGGCAUCCUUUGCUGAGAGAAUUGAUAUGAUGUGCCUAAUGGCUGACAGCAUCAGUCGAAAUUACGGGUUUAAAGUAGAAGUGGGGUUAACUAAACAUGCAAAAUUCGUUGAUAAAUCUAUGUCUAUUCUCAACUACAUCAAAUCUAGUCAACAAGAAUCGACACCUCCCAAGAUAACCUUUUCAGUGGGGUUUGAUACGAUCAUUAGACUCUUUAACCCAAAGUAUUAUAUACCAGAUAAGCUUCUGAUUGCGUUGGAUGAAUUUAUGAAAACCACUGAUAUUUUCUGCUUAACUAGAGGGAACGAGGACACUACAUAUCAGGAACAAAUCAAGUACAUUGCUGAUAUUAAACAUGGUAAAGAUGGAGAUAUUCCCCAUCAUUGGUCAACCAAUAUAUUCUUGCAGAAAAAAUUGGAUGAGGAAACUACUGAUAUAUCAUCUUCAGCAAUAAGAAAGCAAAUUGAAACAGGUAGCGAAAAAGAUGGCAAAUGGAGUGAUAGCGUACUUCCUGAAAUUAAAGAGUAUAUUCUUGAGUUCAAGCCGUACCAACUGCCCAAGCCCAACUAA